AUGGGCCAAUCUAUUGCCACCCCCCUGAGUCUUACUUUACAGCACUGGAGAGACGUCCAGGACACGGCUAACAACCGGUCCAUGGACGUCCGCAAGAAAAGAUGGAUCACCCUUUGUUCCUCUGAUUGGCCAACCUUCAAUGUAGGCUGGCCACGAGAUGGGACCUUUAACCUUGAUAUUAUUUCACAGGUCAAGAAUAAAGUGAUGAAUCCAGGGCCGCAUGGCCACCCUGACCAGGUGGCUUACAUUGUUACCUGGGAGGCCCUUGCUCAUGACCCACCACCUUGGGUCAAACCCUUUGUCACUCCCAAGCACCCUCCUGCUCCCUCUGCCCCAACCCUACCCCCACCCCUACUUCCCACUCCUGCCCAACCCCCUACCAGAUCCUCCCUUUAUCCAGCCCUCACGAGGUCCCCACAGGCAGAGACCUCAACGGAGACAAGGAAGACAACUACCGAGAGGCCCCUGGUUCUGCCUCCCGGCGAGGACCUCCUGGUAGACCUACUGACUGAGGAACCCCCCCCAUAUCAGGACCCACAACCAUUACCACCAACAGAAGCCGAGCCCCAACAGCCCCCGGCUGACCCCGCUCCCUCCCCCAUGGCGGGACGACUGAGAGGGCGCAGAGAACAGCCACCCGACUCCGCGUCCCAGGCAUUCCUGCUGCAGGCGGGACCCAAUGGCCAACUUCAAUAUUGGCCCUUUUCAGCGUCUGAUCUCUAUAACUGGCGCAAUAAUAACCCCUCUUUUUCCAAAGAUCCCUCAAAACUAACAGCUUUAAUUGAGUCUAUUUUAGUAACUCAUCAACCCACUUGGGAUGAUUGUCAGCAGUUGCUCCAGGCGCUCCUAACCACAGAAGAAAAACAGCGCAUUUUCUUAGAAGCCAGAAAAAAUGUACCUGGAGAAAAUGGUCGACCCACCCAGCUGCCCAAUGAGAUCGAGGCAGCAUUCCCCCUAGAACGUCCCAACUGGGACUUCACCACGGCUGAAGGUAGGAACCACCUACGCCUCUACCGCCAGUUGCUCAUAGCGGGUCUCCAUGGGGCAGCUAGACGUCCCACUAAUUUGGCUCAGGUUAAACAGAUAAUACAGGGACCUGAGGAGUCGCCAUCAGCAUUCCUCGAAAGGCUAAAAGAAGCUUAUCGCAUGUAUACUCCAUAUGAUCCAGAGGACCCAGGUCAGGCUACUAACAUUUCUAUGUCCUUCAUAUGGCAGUCAGCCCCAGAUAUUAGAAAGAAACUCGAGCGACUUGAUAAUCUUAGAGAAAGUUCGCUCCAGGAUUUAUUAAAGGAAGCUGAGCGAAUUUUCAAUAAGCGAGAGACACAGGAGGAAAGGGACGAAAGGCUUAAAAAAGAAGAAAGUCGGGGCCAGGAGCUCCCCCCUGAGCCCAGGAUAACUCUUGAUGUUGGGGGGCAACCUGUCACCUUCCUGGUCGACACCGGGGCCCAACAUUCGGUGUUGACCCAUACCCUGGGACCCUUGAGCAACAAAUCAGCCUGGGUCCAAGGGGCUACCGGUGGAAAGAGAUACCAAUGGACAACGGACCGAAGAGUACAACUGGCUACCGGUAAGGUGACCCACUCUUUCCUACAUGUUCCUGACUGCCCAUACCCCUUACUAGGGGACAAGGACAUGCUUACUAAAUUGCAAGCACACAUAUAUUUUGAGGGGACAAGGACAUGCAUUACUGGACCCCAGGAUCAACCCUUAUGUGUGCUAACCCUCAAUUUAGAAGAUGAAUACAAGCUAUAUGAGCCUAAGACAAACUGGGAUCCUAGCAAGGAUAUUUAUUGGCUGAAGGAAUUCCCACAGGCAUGGGCAGAAUCAGGGGGCAUAGGAUUAGCUAAACAGCAGGCGCCACUGGUUAUUCCAUUAAGAGCCACGGCGACCCCCAUUUCGGUCAAGCAAUAUCCCAUGUCCCAUGAGGCUUACCAGGGAAUUCGACCUCACAUCAAGAGAUUACUGAAUCAUGGAAUAUUAGUUCCCUGCCAGUCGCCCUGGAACACUCCUCUCCUCCCAGUCAAGAAACCAGGGACGGGGGAUUAUCGUCCAGUACAGGACUUAAGGGAGGUCAAUAAACGGGUAGAAGAUAUCCACCCCACAGUCCCUAACCCUUACAACUUGCUGAGUGGAUUAUCUCCCACGUACACCUGGUAUACAGUACUGGACUUAAAGGAUGCUUUUUUCUGCCUCCGGCUACACCCUCAAAGCCAGCCCAUUUUUGCCUUCGAAUGGAAGGACCCUGAAAUAGGAAUAUCAGGACAAUUGACUUGGACUAGGCUACCACAGGGGUUUAAAAAUAGCCCCACACUUUUUGAUGAAGCCCUACAUAGGGAUUUAACUGAUUUCAGAAUUCGAUACCCGGCUAUAACCUUGCUCCAGUAUGUGGACGACCUCCUACUGGCAGCCGCCUCUGAGGAGGAUUGCACAGAAGGGACUAAAGCCCUCUUACAAACCCUAGGGAACUUAGGAUACAGGGCAUCUGCAAAAAAGGCUCAAAUUUGCCAAAAACAAGUGACCUACCUAGGGUACCAGAUAAAAAAUGGACAGAGAUGGCUAACCGAAGCCCGUAAACAGACUAUCAUGAAUAUCCCAGUCCCUCAGGGCCCCCGCCAGCUGCGAGAAUUCCUGGGGACCGCAGGGUUCUGCCGCCUCUGGAUCCCUGGCUUUGCUGAAAUGGCAGCACCCUUAUACCCCCUAACAAAGCAAGGGACUCUCUUUACCUGGGGGGAAGAACAACAAAAGGCCUAUAAAGAGAUCAAAGAGGCCUUAUUAGCCUCUCCAGCCCUGGGUCUCCCAGAUCUGACUAAGCCCUUCGAAUUAUUCGUGGAUGAAAAACGAGGCUAUGCCAAAGGGGUCUUAACCCAGAAACUGGGACCCUGGAGGCGCCCUGUGGCUUACCUCUCAAAAAAGCUGGACCCAGUGGCCUCUGGAUGGCCACCCUGCCUCAGAAUGGUGGCUGCAAUAGCUGUUUUGACUAAGGACGCUAGCAAACUGACUCUGGGGCAACCAUUGACUAUUUUAGCGCCCCAUGCGGUAGAGGCUCUAAUCAAACAACCUCCAGACCGCUGGCUCUCUAAUGCCCGUAUGACUCAUUACCAGGCCAUGCUCCUAGACACCGACCGGAUCCACUUUGGACCAGUGGUCGCUCUAAACCCGGCAACCUUGCUCCCUCUGCCGGAGGAUGCAGAGGACCACAACUGCCUCCAGAUCCUUGCAGAAAUGCAUGGGACUAGACCGGAUCUGAUGGAUCAGCCCCUCCCGGAUGCUGACUUCACUUGGUACACAGAUGGAAGCAGCUUCCUGGACAACGGGGAAAGAAGAGCAGGAGCUGCAAUAACCACAAAGACGAAGGUAAUCUGGGCUGAAGCCCUACCACCAGGAACAUCGGCACAGAGAGCUGAGCUCAUCGCCCUAACCCAGGCGCUCAAGAUGGCAAAAGGUAAGAAGCUUAAUGUUUAUACUGAUAGCCGGUAUGCCUUUGCCACUGCCCAUAUUCAUGGAGAGAUCUACCGCAGGCGAGGAUUACUAACAUCAGAGGGUAAAGAAAUUAAAAACAAAUCUGAGAUUCUGGCCCUGCUUGAGGCCUUAUUUUUACCCCAAAGACUGAGUAUUAUACACUGUCCAGGGCAUCAAAAGGGUCAUAGCCCAGAGGCAAGGGGUAACAGGCUGGCAGACGCCACUGCUCGAAAAAUAGCCCUCGACAAAUCACUCUUCCAGGUUUUUUCCUUGACAACAGACAACGCCAAGCCUUUAGUCAUGUCCACCAAACAGACUUAUGACUUAAUUACCCAUUUACAUAAACUGACUCAUCUUAGCCCCAAAAAGAUGAAAACCCUCUUAGAUAAGGAGGAAGACAUUUACUAUCUACCAGGAAGAGAUGAUAUUCUACAUUUGGUGGCAAGAGGAUGCAAGGCCUGUGCACAAGUAAAUGCGGGAAAGACCAAACUGGGGCCAGGAGUCAGGGUACGAGGACAUCGCCCCGGGACCCACUGGGAAAUCGAUUUUACCGAAGUAAAACCUGGACUAUAUGGAUACAGAUAUUUGCUGGUGUUCGUGGACACCUUCUCAGGAUGGACAGAAGCUUUCCCCACCAAACAUGAGACAGCCAAGGUUGUAACUAAAAAGCUUCUAGAAGAGAUUUUUCCCAGGUAUGGCAUGCCCCAGACAAUAGGUACUGACAAUGGGCCAGCCUUCAUCUCCCAAAUAAGUCAGUUGGUGGCCAAGCUAUUGGGGAUUAAUUGGAAAUUACACUGUGCAUACCGACCCCAAAGUUCAGGACAGGUAGAACGCAUGAAUAGAACCAUUAAGGAGACUUUAACCAAAUUAACGCUUGCGACUGGCUCUAGAGACUGGGUACUCCUCCUUCCCCUAGCCCUUUACCGGACCCGGAACACGCCGGGCCCUCAUGGACUCACCCCAUUCGAGAUACUCUAUGGAACACCCCCACCAUCUGUUAACUUCUAUAACUCCAAUAUUGCUGAUUUUGCUAAUAACCCUUCUCUACAAGCUCAUUUGCAGGCCCUGCAGAUUGUCCAGAGAGAGGUCUGGGAACCAUUAGCGGCGGCCUAUCAGGAACAGCUGGGCAAGCCAACGGUGCCACAUCCCUUCCAGAUAGGAGAUACUGUCUGGGUCCGUAGACACCAGACCAAAAACCUCGAGCCUCGCUGGAAAGGACCAUAUACGGUGUUGCUGACCACCCCUACCGCUCUAAAGGUUGACGGCAUCGCCGCUUGGGUCCACGCUUCCCACGUCAAGGCCGCCCAUCACCCCAAAGAGAAGGAG